AUGGAUGCGUCCCGGGGACCAGGACUAGCAUCAGGAUACAAUUCCGCGGUUGAGAGGCUGAGGGAGACGGAGUAUCCCAUGCUCAAUGGUUCGAUCUAUCUUGACCAUGCCGGCACGACCUUGUAUCCAAAGUCCCUGGUGGAUGAAUUCGCCGCUGAGAUGACAAGCAGUCUGCUCGGGAAUCCGCACUCGGCAUCACCUUCCUCUCAGCUUUCCACAAUCCGCAUCGAGGAUACUCGGCUGCGGGCCCUACAAUUUUUCAAUGCUGACCCGGCUGAUUUCGAUCUCAUUUUCGUUGCGAAUGCCACGGCGGGCAUCAAGCUGGUCGGGGAGGCCUUGAGAGCUGCCCCCGGAGGCUUCGACUAUGCAUACCACCAGUCAGCUCACACAAGCCUGGUUGGUGUACGGGAGGAGGCUCGAACCAGUAUUUGCCUGGACGACGCCGCGGUUGAGGAAUGGAUAAACGGCAAAAUGCCCCUUCAGCACGAGGCGGAGAGCGUGGCUACUACCCUUUUUGCGUAUGCUGCGCAGUCGAACAUGGAUGGUCGGAGAUAUCCAUUAGAUUGGUCGCAACGCCUCAGAAAUCUCGACCGGCCUUCCGGUACCUCUUGUUUAACCAUCCUGGAUGCUGCUGCUCUUGCACCAACCGCACCCCUGGAUCUCCGCAACUCAGACGUGGCUGCAGACUUCACAGUGCUUAGCUUCUCAAAAAUAUUUGGGUUCCCGGACCUGGGAGCCUUGAUUGUGAGGCGCCAGGCGUUUUACAACUUUGAUUUCAAAAGGUACUUCGGCGGAGGCACCGUUGACACGGUCGUCACCAACAAGGAGCAAUGGCAUGCUCCCAAGACCCACCGACUUCACGAACGUCUCGAAGACGGCACCCUGCCUAUUCACAGUAUCAUUGCACUGGAUAUAGCGAUGCGCAUUCGCGGAAAAUUGUUUGGUCCGAUGAGCGCCGUGGCAUCCCACGUCUCAUUUUUGACACGGCGUCUGCGCGAAGGCCUCCAACAACUGCGACACCACAACGGUAUGCAGGUGUGUCAGAUUUAUUCACCGGAUCAUGUUUCAAUUACGGAUCCCGCUGCAGGCCCUAUUAUAGCAUUCAAUAUACGCAACCAGGCCGGAGCUUGGAUCAGCCUCGCCGAGGUCGAGAAACUGGCGAGCCUGAAGAAUUUUCACAUUCGAACCGGAGGAGUGUGCAACCCUGGCGGGGUUGCCUAUGCUCUGGAACUCGAGCCUUGGGAGAUCAAAAGGAAUUUCUCUGCUGGAUUCCGCUGCGGGUCUGAGAAUGACAUUAUCGCAGGCAAACCAAGCGGCGUCAUCCGGGUCAGUCUUGGUGCAAUGAGUAGCAUUGCUGAUGUCGAUGCGUUCGUGGCAUUCAUCACAGACUUCUACUGCGAGCAGACUUUGCCUGAUGAGGCACCUCAAGGUAUAUCUUCAAGGCCGGAAUUGCAACCCGAAUUAUUCGUUGCUGGAAUAACCGUCUACCCCAUCAAGAGCUGUGGCGGGUUCACCGUUCCGCAGGACACAGUUUGGGAAGUCCGACCCGAAGGCCUGGCCUGGGAUCACUCCGACGUUGAGCAAAACAAUCGCCGGAAGAUUUUACUGUCAAAUGAGUCGCCAAUCCUAGCCAUCAACACGGCCAGCUUGCGAGCUCUCAACAAAGAAAUCGUCAAGAAUGGAGGCACGGAAAUUCCCUCCGCGGUGUUCAGAGCGAAUAUCGUACUUGAUUCACCUGGCAGCACAGACAAUAACCUUAACCUUGCUUAUGCGGAAGACAACUGGUGCAAGAUCCGAAUCGGACAGCAAGACUUCAAGAUGCUUGGCUCAUGCCGCCGCUGCCACAUGGUUUGCAUCAACCAGGAUAGUGCGGAAAAGAGCCAGGAGCCCUUCGUCACGCUGUCGAAGACGAGGAGGUUUGAUGGCAAGGUUUUCUUCGGGACGCAUAUGUGCCACGUGCCGCAGCAAGGUCAGACGUUGGCGAACUCGACGAGGGAGUCGCAAUAUCCGACUCUGCGGGUGGGCGAUCGUGUGGUUGUGGACUGA